AUGGUUCGUACCUCAGUGGUGGCGAGCCUUCUGCUUGCUGGCAGUAACUUCGCCGCAGGUUACCUUGUUGAUCCUCCGGGAACAGCGUUUCCCGGAGCGGACCCUGACUGCAGCGAAUGGGUGGCGUACACCGACGGCCUCACCUGUGCAAAGAUCGAAGAGGAGUACGGCAUCUCAGAGCUCGAGUUUCUCAGUUGGAACCCUUAUCUCGUAUUGGUAUACACCAGCUGUGAUGUGGCAGCUGGGUUCGACUACUGCGUUGACGUCGACUUUUUGACUUGGGGCACCUCCACAUCUUCCUCCUCGUCUUCCGUCUCUACCUCUUCGGGCGAUGGAGUCACCACUCCAUCAGCAAUUCAAACCGGGAUGACAUCCACCUGCGACAAGUUCUAUCUCGUUGCUUCUGGAGAUAGUUGUUCCACGAUUGCUGCUGACGCGGGUAUCUCCCUUGCUGACUUCUAUGCCUGGAACCCUGCGGUCGGCGAUACUUGCGCCGACCUGUGGGCUGACGACUAUGUCUGCAUUGAUGUCAUUGGGUUUGUGGCUUCGACAACUGCCGCGGUAACUACCACCAUUGCCAUCUCAAGCACAACUACCAGUGCCGGAGAUGGCAUCACUACCCCUUCCCCCAUCCAAACGGGUAUGAGUUCCACGUGUGAUAAAUUCUAUCUUGUUGAAUCCGGGGACAGCUGUUCCACGAUCGCCUCUGACGCUGGUAUCUCACUGGCGGAUUUCUAUGCCUGGAAUCCUGCCGUCGGCGAUACCUGCGCUGACCUGUGGGCUGACGACUACGUUUGCAUUGAUGUGAUUGGGUAUGUCGCUUCGACCACCACCGUAGCAUCUACAGCCACUACGACCUCUGCAGGGAAUGGUAUCACCACCCCCACCCCUUACGAGUCUGGAAUGGUCGACGACUGUGACAAGUUCUACUUGGUGGCGUCGGGAGAUAGCUGCUCCAGCAUUGCCACAGCGGAGGAUGUCACACAGGCGGAGAUUGAGGAGUGGAAUCCGACAGUGGGCAGCUCCUGUUCCUCGCUUUGGCUGGACUACUAUAUUUGCGUGGGGGUUUUGUAAACACGCGCUUCGGGACCUUUCUGGCCGAUUGAUCAUACAUCAAUCUUGAUACUUCGAGAACAAGCUGUUUUUUGAAAUUCCUUUGCAUGAGCUAUUGAUC